AUGAAACAUUAUUUGAGGGUGGUGACACAGUUCUUUGUGUUCCUGUACUGUAAAUGUCUGUGGCGAGGCCUAAAGUUUGUGAUCAGGAAGGUCACGGGGUGGUGUGAACUGCAGCGGAUUUGCUACAACAUCAAGCCAGGGGCCCGCAGGACCCUUAAGAUUGAGUCCUCUCUCAGGUACUCAAAGAAUGAGCUGUGCCAGUCUGCCCUCAGUGCUCACCCAGACCGUGUGGAGAAAACCAUUGAUAACAUCCUGACCCUGAAGAAGAUCAACCCUGACUCUAACCCACAGCUGGGCAUCUCCCUCCAGGCCAGCCUGUUCCAGAUCGUGGGCUACCGUGGCCUGGUGGCGGAGGUGGAGACGCUACGCAGGGAGCCAUACGACUUUGAGAACCCCGACCACGAGGAGAUGCUGAUGAAGCUGUGGAAGACACUGCGUCCUGAUUCAUCACUCACCGGGCGGAUCUCCAAGCAGUGGUGUGAGAUCGGUUUCCAAGGCAAUGACCCCAAGACCGACUUCAGGGGAAUGGGUUUACUGGGUCUACACAACCUUCUAUAUUUUGCUGAGCAUGACAAGGCCACCGCUCUCCAGGUGCUUUAUGACUCCCUGCAGCCCAAACACAGAUACUCCUUUGCCAUCGUGGGCAUCAACAUCACAGACCUGGCCUACUCUCUGCUGGUGAGCGGAGCCCUGAAGACCCACCUGUACAACGUAGCCCCGGAGAUGCCCAGCCUCAGCCACUUCCAGCAGACCUUCUGUUACCUAAUGCAGGAGUUCCAUCGGUUCUGGAUCGAGGACGACCCCUGUGACAUCAUGGAGUUCAACCGUGUGCGCUCCAAGUUCCACCGACGGGUGCUGCGACAGCUCAAGAACCCCGACAUGGCACUGUGCCCCCACUUCGCCGCCUCUGACCUCCACCUGGUCAACCUCUAA